AGGUAAAACACAUUUGGUCGAGGGUUUGGUUUUUCCACUUCGCCGCAACUCGUAUGGGAGGACACGAAACUGGUUAAAUUGUUGGAGAGUUUUUGUUUUGUUAGAUAAAGCUUUGAUCUUUGGCUUUGCACAUUGCCAAUAACCUCCAAAAGUCCCCACCCAGAUUCAAUUGCCUAAAGGUUCUUCAUGCUGUUCCUUUUCUCUAGAAUGAGAGAUUGAAUAAUGGGUAGUUAACGAAUGUCAAACCGUAACGUACAGAUCCAUUGAAGUCUAAAAUGUCUGUUCAAAAGGAUCAAGAUAAGUUCUUCUUGUCCAUCAGUCAAGGAGAGAAAAAACCAUUUGACUUUUUACGUGUUUUAUAUGAUGGUUGCAUUGCUGGAGGUGCUGCUGGUGUUGUUGUAGAAACAGCUUUAUACCCCAUUGAUACCAUCAAAACUCGACUACAGGUUGCUCGCGACGGAGGGAAAAUUGUUUUGAAGGGUCUGUACUCUGGGUUGGCUGGAAAUAUUGUUGGUGUCUUACCAGCUUCAGCAAUUUUUAUUGGUGUGUAUGAACCCACAAAGCAGCAAUUGCUAAAGUCAUUGCCUGAAAAUCUCAGUGCCGUGGCUCAUUUUGCUGCAGGUGCUAUUGGAGGCAUUGCUUCUUCUGUUGUUCGUGUUCCAACUGAGGUUGUUAAGCAAAGGAUGCAGAUUGGGCAAUUUAAAUCAGCCCCAGAUGCUGUCCGUCUUAUUGUUGCUAAUGAGGGUUUUAAAGGUCUUUUUGCGGGAUAUGGAUCUUUCUUAUUGCGAGAUUUACCAUUUGAUGCUAUAGAAUUAUGCAUUUAUGAGCAGCUCCGUAUUGGGUAUAAAUUAGCGGCAAAAAGAGAUCCUAAUGAUCCAGAGAAUGCUAUGCUUGGGGCAGUGGCUGGUGCGGUAACUGGAGCAGUUACAACUCCUCUUGAUGUAGUAAAGACCAGAUUGAUGGUUCAGGGAUCACAAAACCAUUACAAAGGCAUUUCUGAUUGUGUGAGAACAAUAGUUAAAGAAGAAGGAAGUCAUGCUCUUUUUAAAGGUAUUGGGCCUAGAGUUUUGUGGAUAGGAAUUGGAGGUUCAAUAUUUUUUUGUGUUCUUGAGAAGACUAAGAAAAUUCUUGCUCAGAAACGGCACUCCAAAGCUGAGACUCAGAAUUGAGUUUCUUCUAGGCAGGGAUUAAGCUGAUGAUGAUGUUGCAAUGCACAUUUAGUUUUAAUUCCAUGAUUGACAUUGAGCCAGUUUUUGUUCAGCUUCUUCCUCUGCUUCAUUCCUAAAUUGGUGCCGGGCCUAAAAGGGUUCAGUUCAAGACAAGCCCUUAAGUUAGGACCUGGAAAUUCAAGCCUCAAUUGAAAUUUGGGCUUUGUCAUAAAAGCCUGAAUAAAAUCUGGGCCUGCCUGGAGUUUUCUCUAAAUAGGCUGACAAAGCAGAGACUGUAACAAAUGUAAAUUUAUUUGUUUUUUUUUUCAUCUUUUCUAUUUUUGGACUGCAGAAAAUGAUUCUCACAGUCUCAUUUGUUUUAUUCAAAUACUAAACAAUAGAGAGCAGGGUUAUUGGAUGAAAUAAAUUGGAGUUCAUAAUA